AUUACAGAUCUUCAGGAAAAAGUCCUUUACUGCCAUUGCAAAAUUACGGAAAUUUUGAACCAUGGAAGAUGGAAGAAAAUGCACUUGCUUCUCGUUCAGUCCAGCAGAUCCUCCAGAUGAUUGAAUUGCCCCGUAAAUACUGCAGAUUUUAUUUCAUGACUUUGCGUGGGUGUGAAAGAGCAAAAUGUUGGUUUUGGCAUGUUCCUGAACAAGGGGAUGAAAAGCCAGCUGUAGAUGUUCUUCUGAAAGUUUUUGAGCAUGUGGCUUCUUUGAAUAUAAGAGACGCUGUGCCUACAUUAAUCAGUACCUUUUGUAAGCUCAUUGAUGCUGGUAUGUUCCUUGAGUUUGAACAUUUUGACUGUAUUAUUAAGUUCCUUCAUCAAUUGCAAGUUUCCAGUCAGGAAAUAAAUACUGUUUUGAACAUAAAAUCCAGUACCUUUCAGCCACGGAUCUCAGUGUUUUACCAGUGCAACUUACCACACAUGUUGGAGGAAAGACAUUUUGAAAAGAACUGGCUUUUUGACUUCAACUUGGCAGCAACUGAAAUUCAGCAUUGCAGGGAAAAAAGUGAUUGGACCAAGCUGGGAGCUUUGUAUGUUAAUGCGAGAACUGGAUGCGAACAUUUUGAUUUUCAGAAAUUGUCUUUAUGUGUUGCUGAAAUACUAACCAGAGAUUCUGAGACAGAAAAACCAGGAGUUCCUUUUUGUGAUUUUGCUGAUGCAGUAAUAAAAAAUUCACAACAUAACGAAGCAGACAGAAUUUUCAUUGGAAGGAGUGGGAUAAGUGUAAUGUAUUCUUAUCACAAAGUACUGCAGUGGAUGAAGGGAAGGAAGGUUUUGGAUAAAUUGCAUGAGCUAAAGAUACAUUUUACGGUCUUGAAAGGACUUACAGGGCCAGAGAGUUUAGCAUCAAGAUGUCAAAUUGUUAAUAAAGCUGCAGAAAUUUUUCUUAAAACAGGAAGUUUGGAUGGAGCGACAUGGGUAUUGAGAGAGUCAGAGUGGACCACAAAUGCACCAUUGUGGCCCUGUGAUAAAGUGGAUAUCCUCAAUCGACAUAACCUGUUAUGUACACUAGUGCACAAAUACUUGACGAAGAGUUUAUACAGGCAGGCAUUUGAAGUUCUGCGGAACUUACCUGGUUUUCAAAAUCGUUCUGAUACUGUAAAUGUUUCUCAGUACAACUGCCUUUUUAACAAGCUGAUAAAAGCCUGUUUUGAGAGCAAGAAUCUUGGGGUCUCAUCUUCUGCAGUAGACUUCAUGCUUUCAAAAAACAUUGCUAUUGAUUUUUUUUUACUUAGAGAAUUAAUCACAGCUUUGGGAAGAAGUUCUUUGUGGUGUAAAGCUAGGACCUAUUACAAAAGUGCUUUAUCAUUGGGUUGCUACCCACCACUGCAGGGAAAUUUAUAUCACAAAUUUUUGAGAAUUCCGUCUUACCUGUCUGAGAUUGAGAUGCUGCUGGCCAUUGAAAUAUUUCUUGUUUCCAAUGCCAGUGAUAUUCAGAGUCCAAUGGCUACUAGUCAGACUCUUCAAAUAAUACUGAAAAGAUGUGAAGAUCAGACAGUUCAGAAUAACAGUGACUAUCAAGCGGCAGCAGAGAGACUGAUCCUGGCUGCUCAUAUAUCUGAUCCAAAGCUUUUUCUUAAGCAUAUGACAAUGAAUGUUAAUAUGGAAGAAGUUUACAGCUUGGAGCUUACAUCUGCUCUAAAAUGGCUUCAGGAGAAUAUGAAAUGGGCUGGGAAGGUCUGGCUGUUUUAG